UGUUGUGAAUGUUUAUUUGUAUUUUAUAUUUUUCAAAAUUAUUUGUGUAAUGUGAUCGAUCAUCAUAGCACCUAUACUUUAACAGUAAUUUAUUUUCGUUAAAUACUUUCUUCUUAAUUUUCCUAUUUGCCCAUGAAAGUUUAAUCACCAUUCUUUGAAAUUGUAGAAAAGAGAUAGCUUUACUUACAAUGUCGAAGCUGGGAAUGUUUAAGGAUCUAUUGCAUAUGGAUCAUGAAAACCACUUACCAGUCCAAGUGAAGCCCAAAGUCGGGAACCAGCACGACUGCCUCCGCACCAGCGAGAAGAUCCGUUUCCUACUCGCCAAGUUUCCUUCCGCAAAACCGAUUUAUGAUCUGCCCAGUUCUGGAUACUCUUACGACGUCUGUGGAAAAUGCACAGCCACGAUCUCCAAAUCUAAUUCCCACCCGAUACCACCGUUUCCCGAUAAUGACCUGGACACAGAAGUGAUUAAUGGCCAGCCAGGAAAUGAUCCAGCUAGGACACAGCCCGACAGUAUCAAGAAGAGUCAAGUAUGGAAUGCAGUUACCGAAGUAGUGCAGCUGGUGCAGCUGGUGGUGACAGCCACGGCAUUCGCACUGUACUACGUCAUCUACGGCUGGAUGCAGCUGGUCUACCACGGGCUGCGCGUCGCUAUGUUCUUCAGAGACUCUGACGGGCCGACGAAGAUUACACUUGGGGUGGUUGGUGUUACGUCGAUCAUCGUGGGGUGCAACAUCCUGCUCCGCAUCCGUAAGAUCUACUCUGACAUCCUGCGAUAAAUCUGGACGUUUUUGACGCAGAUUUUGUAUGAGAGCCUGUACUAUAGUUAAAUGUCAUAUGACAUCUGGUGAAUUUUCGGUAUUGUAUAUUCUGUUUUUUUAUUCCGUAGACUUUUCAUGUGGUACUAAGAAAUGUCAUGUCUUACAUAUGAAACGUCAUUUUAGUCUACGGAAUAAAAAAACAGACAUUAGGUAACUUGUACAAUGGGUAAUGGGUUCACAAUGCUAAAUUAUAUUUUUAAUAAAAUAUGAUCCUAAUAGUA